GGAAGUUGCUCAAAUUUGUGAAACCAGAAUAUUCAGUAUUUCAACAUUUCAUAAACCAAUUCAAUAAUUGAUCAUAUAAAUAAGACUCAUUUUUUGGAUUUCUCACUAAGUAAUUAAGUUCGUGACAUCAACAAUAACAAAAACUUCUAUAUAGUAUAACCUGAAUUUGUAAAAAAAAAAAUAAGGUUUGUAUGUGGCAGCUUUAUUUUAUGUUUUUUUCAGAAAAUGUAUAUUCCUUAAUAGAAAUAUUUGGUGUAAUAUGUUUUUUAUAAAUCUGUUUGUCUAUUUCUCUAAAUCAAGGUAAAAUAUAUGACAACAUUAGGCAUUGUGGGAGUCUUAAAUGUCCUUGAAUAUAUUAAUAUUUUAUUAAAACUACCCACAUAAAUGGUUUCAGGGCUAUACUUCAGUAAUUGUAAUUUAUAUCAUUAGUAUGAUGCUUAUAUUAAUAAUAAAUAUUUUUAUUCAAUUAUGCUUGUACAAAACGAACUAGUAACCGGACACUGUAAAUGUUUUAGAGUAUUUUCUGUACUUUUUAUAUAAAAUGUUAGCAAACAAAAUAAAUAAAACUGGAAACAUUAUUUUCCAUAGAUAGACAAUGCCUAAGAAAUUCAAAGGAGAAAAUACAAAAGCCGUGGUAGCGAGACAAAGGAAAGCCGAUGCAAGACACGAAAGAGAGGAAAGAAUUGCUAAACAGAAAGAAGAUGAAUACUGGAAAGACGAUGAUAAGCAUAUUGCUCGUAAACAACAGCGCAAAGAAGAAAAGGAGAAGAAACGACAAGAACAAUUAGAGCGCAAGUUAGAAAAUCAAAAAGCUUUAGAAGAUGAACUGAAGGCUUUACCGUCUAAGAAGAGUACAAAACCUGCUAAAGUGACCAGACAUGAAAUACAAGAAAGAAAAGAGACCGUCGAUCAUGGUACUCUAUCGUCAUCGGCUAGAACUAGCAUCUCUGAGGAACAGCCAUUGGAAGAAAAUUUGAAUCAUAUGACGUUGGACGGAGAAGAGGCCAGAAACGUUGAUGAGGCCUUAUCAAUUCUAGGGAAACAAGAUCACUCUGACCGCCACCCGGAGCGACGUCUCAAAGCUACUUUUGCAGCAUUCGAAGCUAAACAUCUACCAAGACUUAAGGCAGAAAAUCCACAUUUACGACUUUCCCAACUAAAACAGAUGCUGACAAAGGAUUGGAUGAAAUCAGAAGAAAAUCCUAUGAACAUGCAUCCAACUACAUACAACUAUAAGCCUUGA